UGUGUGUGUGUGUGUGUGUGUCUGUCCUGACAAAGGCUCCAUCCAGCCAUGCUGCAGAGGGCUGCUCGUUCCCAGAGACCCUCAGAGCUCCAAGACGCCCAGUCUCUCUGCCACAGAGCCCGGACCCAGCCGCCCCGACACAGACCCUCUCCCGGCCCCCGGCCCCGGCCCGACUUCUGCAGCUCCCACAAAACCUGCUGGGCUCACUGGUGGAAGGACGUAACAAGGGAUGAGCUUUAAACUGGGAAAGUUUGGACGAUAGCUGGGAGUUUAAAGAGAGAGAGAGAGAGAGAGCAGAGAGGAGAAGACUUCUGUCUGGACUACAGGUCUUUAAAUCAUCAAAUCAGAAUCUGGAUUUAUCGACAAUACAAAACAAAUCAACUCCAACGUUUUGGACCAAGGUUUUGGAAACAUUGUUUUUCACCACUUUUUGCAAUUAUUUUUGUUGUCCCAUCUUUUAAAGUGUGAAGCUAGUUGACACAGUGAACACUUCAGGCCUGUGUCAUGGCUGCCGGCCUGUGGCUGUGUCUGGUCCUGCCGCUGCUCCUCACGGACGCAAAGAGCGUUGAGCAGCUCGACAGUCGGGGGGACGCCCCUGGUAAACCCUCGUCUGGUGUCAAACUGGAACCUCUCUGGACCAAGCAGGUCAGAGGUCAGGAUGACACCCACACCCCCGACCAGAGCCUCCCCCUCCCUGAGUUGCUGGAUUUGGACGUGGAGCGUCACCGCCGUCUGACCCGCGGCGCCGACGAGGACGAGCAGCAGUCCACGUUCAGCCAGUCCUUUGAGAACGACUCGGUGACCACGCCGCAGGCCACCGAGCUCGACCACGUGACCGACGAGGCCGCCGGCGGUGAGGAGGGUCACGAGGUCGAUGAGGUCAACCUCCACGGGAACAUCUCCAGCUCCACCCCCCCGGGCCUCUUCAACCCGUUCUACCCGCUGGUGGAGAGCUCGUACGCCGCCUACGCCGUCAUGUUCCUGGCGGGCCUGGUGCUUGCGGUGGGCGUGGUGGGAAACAUGGCGGUGAUGUGCAUCGUCUGGAACAACUACUACAUGAGGUCCUCCUGGAACUACCUGCUGGCCAGCAUGGCAUUCUGGGACUUCUUGGUCCUGGUGCUCUGCCUCCCCGUGGUAGUCAUAAACCAGCUCUCCCAUAGGAGGAUCCUGGGUGACAUCACCUGCCGUAUGGUGCCUUAUAUGGAGGUUGUGUCUCUGGGCGUCACCUCCUUCACCUUGUGCGCUCUGGGCAUCGAUCGCUUCCACGCCGCCACCUCCUCGUCCCAGCCGAAGGCCCGGCGGGUGGAGCGCUGCCGCUCCGUGCUGCUGAAGCUGGUGCUGGUGUGGCUCGCCGCUCUGCUGCUGUCCAGCCCAGAGAUCUUCUUGUGGCAGCUCAGCCAGGCCGUGUCCCCGUCCACCGGCCGGCUGGUGGACUCCUGCAUCAUCACCCCCACCUCGCCUCUGUCCCUCCACCUGCCUGACUCCCUCCACUCACUGCUGAUCAGGUAUCACCAGGGUCGUAUGUGGUGGAGCUUCGGCAGCUACUUCUGCCUCCCGGUCCUCUUCACCAUCCUCUGCCAGAUGGCGACCCGCAACGUCAACAGCGACUACAGCUCCGCCAAGAAGCAGCGUGACCACGAUGACCGCUCCUCCAAUCAGAAGCGUCAGCAGCACCAGGCAGUGGAGCGGCAGCUGAACUGCACCCUGCUGGCGUUAGCGGUGGUGUACGGCAUCUGCGCUCUGCCCGAGCACAUCUGCAACAUCACACUGGCCUACACGCACAUCACCGUCUCUGAAGACACGGCCGCCAUGUUGGCUCUGUUACAUCACUUCCUGUUGUUCUUCAAGUCAUCGGUGACCCCUGUGCUGCUGCUGUGUCUCUGUAAGGCUCUCGGCCAGGCCUUCAUGGACUGCUGCUGCUGCUGCUGUCAGGAGUGUCAGCCCCACACUGCCCAGGGGUCACCAGGCUCCGCCCAGGUCAAACUGAAGGUGGCCAGUGAGACGUCCAUCUUAUUUGACAAGGCUAAAGACACGUCCGCCAUCUUGUCCAUCUCCAGCUAGAGCCCCUUUAACCAUCAGUCCAUCAUUUCCUCCUGCAUAAGUCAAUCGUGUCCAUUCUGCUCGUCCUUCCUUGGUGUUUAACUGGUCAUUCCUCCUCUUCCAUGUUUGCCAUCAACCCUGUUCUCUUUCUCCCACCUGUUCUUUCCAUGGAUUCUUCUUUUCCUCACCUCCUCUGUAUGAUAUCCCCUCUAUGGACACAGUGCUCCCCCCCUCCAGCUUCCUCUCUGUGCAGGAAAUGAGGUUUAAUCUGUAGUGAGUUUAGAAAAGUUGCUGUACUUGCACAACGAGCUGUCGUAAAAGCAGGAGCCUGUUUGCGGACUCUCCCAGUGGGACUCUUCUCUCCAGCUCCCUGCUGAGGUGUGUGUGAAGUGAUAUGGAGAAACAUCAACAGAUGCAGAAUAGAUAGAAGAUCCUCGAUGUUCGUUGGACGUGAGACGGACGAUGCAACGCUGAAAUGUUAACGUGUUUAUGGAGAAGCAGCAGAAGUUCACAUGUGUGGUUGGUUUUUUAAGAAGCUGCGGCCGAGCCCGACGUGGACCAAGGACGUGAGAUUGAAUCAAAUCAAAGUAACAAAGUCGAACACAGUUCACAGCUCAAGUUCUUUUAAACAAUUUGUUUUAAGUUGUUAAAUUGAACAACAACAAACUGUGUUCAUAGCCAAAUUUAAAUCGUAUAAACGUCAUUGGCGUGAAUGUUAAAAGUGACAGAGAGCUCACACAGCCACGUCUGAAAGAGGAAACGUUCUGUUGCAUUGUGGGUCCGUUGUUUCGUGUGGAAGUUGAGAAAACUCUUCAAGCAGCACCGCAGAUGUCAGCCAAUCAAAUCAUGUUUAUGUAGAUUCAGGGUUCUGACUUACCGGGACACAAACCGGACAAUCAGAGCCAGCUGCUGAGCUAGCCUUGCUACGAAGUCGGCCAUGACAGAUGACGCUCUGGUGGCCUUUUGGAAAGUCAGCCAUCUUGUGUGUCCUGAGCGGGAAACUGUGAUUGGUCGAUGUCAUGUGAUGAGCAACAUGUACCUGUGUGAGGGCUGUUGUGAAAACUUUCUUACACAGUUAAAGUAAUAAUAUAAAUAAUCAAUCAUCGGCAGAAAUUCAGCAGAAUCGAAUCAACAAACCCUGUUUCUGCACAAAUUCCCUAAAUGAAUAUUUCUUGGAGACAAAGUUGUCGUCGAGGCAGAAAAAAAUAGUUUGCAGAGUUUUGGGGAUCGAAUUCACCUUUUAGCUGCGUAAUGACCCCGUGAACGCAACUUUACUGAGAACAUAUGACUCAUCAGUUUGUGGUUUAUUGUGUUGACCAUGUUCAUAUUGUGGCUGCACUGUUCAUAACGUCCACAAGGGGAGCUAGGUAAUUUAUGCUUGCUUUACACAAAAAAAAAGACACAACCCUUUUACACAAUAUUACAUGUAUAUGUUGUUAAUCAAUACGUCCACUAGGGGCAGUGCAGACUCAAGUGUUUCUGAAGACAUCAAACACUUUGUAAAUGGCGUCAGUCUCUCUUCAUAGAGUUCCGUUAUGAUCGUUUUGAUAUCGUAAUGAUAUGCUGCCCCCUACCAUUUAUGGUGGUACUGCUCCAUUUCGUAGUUUAAAUCAUUUCUGCCUCCGCAGCAGCUUUGUCUUAAGAAAAGUUCCUGCACGUGAACGAGGAACAACCAAGAGCGUCAGGACUCGAUCUCACACUGAUCUCAGACCAGAUCGUGAUGAUGAAUCAGUUUGACAGCAGCUUGUCUUUCAUUCUCGUCCUGUGAAGAAUGUGCUGCUUGUUUGUGAAGAUGAAGAUGGAGUGAAGAGGCAGGGAGGAGAUAUAAAGAGUAUUUGAACAGGACUCGAACCCUCAACGCUGAGGUGGUCUCUUUGUACAGGAAAUUAAACUGUGUAGGAAGUUGUGUAUUAAUAUGUGUUUAGCGUCACAGUGUUUUCACUGUCAGACUCAAACUGCUAGAACAAAUGAAACAGAAUAUGAAUGUAGCUCGUUUUAAAGCUAGUUAUUUGACUAAUUACAUCGUUGUAUGAAGGGAAGGGAGACAUCAAACUUCCGAUGUCACAUGAAUGUCUACGUGUUUGUGAUGAUCAGAGUCAGAUUGUGUUCAUGUUGUUGUGAUGUGAGUCAGAACCGACUGAGUCUCGUCUUCAGGAGCAACGUGAAUAAACAUGUUGCUCCUGAAAAUGACGUGAGUUCCUACAUCGACUUUAAACGAGUCAGGUGGAGAAAGUAUAGUUUGGUUAAACAGAAGUUAACAACAGAGCAAAUGAGUGUGUGUGUGUGGGGAGGGUGGUCGUGGAUUUCAUAUUCAAAUGAGAUACAUAGAAUCAUUAUUCAAGAUUUUAUU